UAUUCCUCCCACUGACACCAACGAUGGGGCACUAUUCCUCCCCCCACUGACACCAGCGAUGGGGCACUAUUCCUCCCCCCCACUGACACCAACGAUGGGGCACUAUUACUCCUCCCCACUGACACUAAAUGAUGGUGCCCCAUCAUUGGUGUCAGUGGGAAGAAUCGUGCCCCAUCAUUGGUGUCAGUGGGAGGAAUAGUGUCCCAUCAUUGGUGUCGGUGGGAGGAAUAGUGUCCCAUCAUUGGUGUCAGUGGGAGGAAUAGUGCCCCAUCCCCAUCAUUGGAAUACCAUACUGAAAUACCAUACCAUAUUGAAAUCAAAUCUGAUG